AUGGCUUCCCACGCUAGACACGACUUGAACUCAAACCCGAGCAGGAAGGAAAUCUAUGUCAAAUUAUGGGAGCCACACCGUUGCAAUGGAUCGGGUCCUAUUUGCCGUUGGAAACUUGUGGAUGAAGGCUUCCUGGAAGGAUUUGCAGCCCAAUUUGAGAAGGUCAGACGGCGCAUUGCAUGCUCAGAAGAGGACGUUUUGGAAGCAAUCACGUCCAUAAAAAAGGCCACAGCCGAUGAGAGAAAAAAUGCGCUUACGGAUCUCAAAGUCACAAGUUCAGUGCUGGUGAUUCCACCUGAGAAGGAGCGCCCAUUUCAACUUGCGGCCAGCGUCGCAACCAUGUGUAAUUGCAUCGGUCAAGAUUGGGGAGAUUCUCGCUACGGUGACUCAGCUCUGGGAUCUUUGAGUCGCUGGCAAUGCGACGAGUCUCUUGAUGCAUUCAUAAAAGACUCAUUUCCCAAGGAGUACCACAAAGAGCUUCAGUCGGGAGGUAGGAAAGGGGAAGCAAUCAGGCGCAAGUUGACUGCUGUCAACUUGAAAGCAAUCGGAGGCCUAGAGAUACAAGGAACACACGAUUUGCGGAACCACCUCCGGCUCAACGACUGGGAAGGAAAAGUUCGGGUAAAAGUCUUCCACCACACAAGCUUCCUUAGGCAACAUUUGCUGGCCUCAAAACAGACUCAAGAACAGGGCGACCCAGAUGAAGUCUGUAAUGGAUUUAUUCUGCCACGCGAAUUGGCUCUUGAGACGCUUUAUACGUUGCAAAUCUUGUUCCCUCACGACGAUCAGACGAACAGACUCAUAGCAACAUUGGUUUCUAAGGAGGGAUUUGAUCCAAACGUUAGCAAGCACAUAACCAAUGGAACAGAUGACAACGGCAUAGAACUUAAGGGCGAGCAAAAAGAAGCACAAAAGUGGGAGUAUUGGGGGUCGCGGCUGUUGGAUCUAUACGAAGAGCUCGAGAACGAGAGACCACACGGAGCCUGGGAUAUAUGGGUAGAGCGCAACAGCAAGAAUAGGCAUGACAUUUCAAUGCCGUGUUGCGCGUGGUUCAGAGACUCGGAGUUUAAUCUGGUCAAGACUUCCUCCGGUCGAAAUGCUGCGACCGAUGCAGAGCUUGUCUCCAUACAGCUUAAUCAAAUUGCAUAA